GUCCGUCAGCCGUCAAAAGUGAAUGUUUUGUGAAUUUGUGUAUUUUUAUGUUCUCGUUAUUCUUUUCUAUAAUAAUACCGAAAAAUACCGUAUUGUAUUAAAUGACACGGGAAAUUGGAUAACGUUACUAUGGAUUUACAAACAUCACACUUGGCUGCGGCUUUAAUGUCCGGUACGAAUGUACACGCCAACAAUAGUGGUACUGAAGCAACAGUAGAAAAUGCCAGUGAAGAAAGUAAGCCGGAGAAACAGAAUGAACCUCAUAAAGAACCUUCGGAAGGAGAAAAGGAGGACAUUGGAAGCGGAGAAGAGUUUACGGAUGAAGAGCUAGAAACACAUGCUGGGAAUAAGUCUACACCUGGCAGAGGAGUUACCUUGCAGAUGUUGUUAGAAGACAAAAUGUUGGAGCCAGGAAUAGCUGCUAUGACUAUUGAGUACUUGGGUCAAAAGUUUGUUGGAGAUUUACAGCCAGAUGGAAAAAUAAAAUCCCAUGAAACUGAGACAAUAUUUUGUUCACCUUCCGCCUGGGCAAUCCACUGUAAGCGUAUCAUUAACCCUGAUAAGAGAUCAGGGUGUGGGUGGGCCUCAGUGAAGUACAGAGGGAAAAAACUGGAUACAAUAAAGGCUACUUACCUCAGGAAGAAGCAACUGCAAAGAGAGAAUAUGCAUAGUGAUGAGGAAACAGAGAUGGAGGUAGAAAGUCCCCCUGAACCACCACCACAACGUGUGGUGAUGAAGCACAAUACUGUCCCAAAUAGAAUGAUGCAACAUGAUGCUAACAUGUUAAUUGAAGCAGUUUCAUUUGCUUCAGUUGGUAAAGUACAACCAUUUCUGGUAUCAGUCAGUUCCAAUGCUUGCCUGGUGCUAGACAUCCACUGUCACUUAAAGAAAGAAGAGGUAUAUGGAUACCUUGCUGGCACUUGGGACUUGAAUAGUCAUAAUUUGUUGAUAACUCACACGUUCCCAUGCUUAAUAAGCAAAAAUGACUCAAGGCCUAGAGUGUUAGUGGAGCUUGAAAUACAAAUGGAAAUUGAAAAACUAGGUCUCACACUACUUGGAUGGUAUCAUUCCCAUCCCACAAACCCUGCAAUGCCAAGUCUUAGAGAUUGUGAUAAUCAGUUGGAGUAUCAAAUAAAAUUGAGAGGCCCUUCUGAGAUAUCUUACAUUCCUUGCAUUGGAGUUAUUUGCUCACCAUACAAUCCAGAGAGUCCAGUUUUGGAGUCAUCCCUAACAUUCUUCUGGGUGAUGCCGCCACCCGAGCAGAGACCCACAGAAUAUCCUCGACCACUUCUUCUACAAUACAACAUGAUUAAUGACAGCCAUUUAUCCACACAUGCCAUGGAACAGAUCAAGAAAAGCAUAAAGUAUUACUUUCAUUUCGCUGACGACACUUUCGUCAAUUUCAAAGAAAGUUUUAAACCUGAUAUUACUUAUCUAGAUAAGUUAAAGUGUACUCUAACGCCGAAGUUUCCUCGCGAGCAAAGUGACGGAUUAUUGUGGCAUUUUAUACGCGACGAGAUGGGAUGUUCGUCCGAGCAUGAUGACAAAAUGGAUUUAGAUGCUUUGUUAGCUGUUCCUCAACCAAUACCAGUAUCAAAACCCAGUCAAACCACGUCAAUACCUAACUUCCCUUCGGUUAGUACUCUGCAACAGAUGGUGAGCAGACCCGCCGGAGUUCCACCGAUAAAUGUUUCGUCAGGCAUUGGUUCAGCUUCACCCCAUAAGUUCGAGACGCCAUCCCUGAACAUACCUGUUCUACCGAUUUCUUCAAAAUCAUCGAAAUCUAGUGCCUCUUCUCUGUCGUCGGCAUACCCCACUGGGUUAGAUAUGCUAACAAGUAUGGCGCUGGGCUUAGGUACUGGUAAUAUUCCGGGCUUGUCAUUGGGUGCUAGCAGCUUGGAGAGUCUUGCAGCAGCAAACAUGUUGUCGGGGCUGACUCCUGGCGUGUCUUCUAGUUUAGCAGCAAGUUUAACGGGUAGUAAGCUACCCGAUCCCCCGUCUUAUGCCGCCUCGUUGCAGAAUUUAACCAGUAAUAUUGGUAAUUAUGAGAAGACUUCUACUAGUACUUCUACAAGUACCACUUCUACACCUAUACCUGCCAGUAUCGCAUCCAAUUUGAUGAUGAGUUCCGCCGAUAUAGCGAACGCUUUAUUCUCAGCCAGUAAGUAUUCGAGUGCCGGUAUUUUAGGUAUACCGGAUCCUAUGUCCAAAUCAACUUUGGCUGCUAACAAUAUGUUUUUGUCGCCUUCUUUAAUGAAAAUGCAGGAAUCGUUGUUAAAGCCGUUAUCUAGUAGCAGUCCGAUUUCUUCUAAAGCCGGACUUGAUCAUAAUCCUCUGAUGAAAUCUCCUCACGAUCUGUUGAAGGGUAGCAAAGACUACUUGCCGCCAGAUUUCGGUAGUGUUCAGAAGAGUAAGUUGGAUAGCACGUCAAUAGAUUCGGUGAAGCACACAGAAACUAGUUCUAGCUCUAAAACUGAGGCCUCAAAAUCCGACGCCAGUGAUACUCAACCCUCUGAUUACAGUAAACCAUCAGAUUAUAAACCAUCUGACUACAGUAGAUCGUCAGAUUAUAGCAAACAUGCAGAAUACGGUAAAGGAGCUGAUUACGGUAAAGAUUAUAGCAAAUCCUCCGAUUAUAGUAAAUCUACGGAUUAUGGAAAACCGACAGAUUUUACGAAAGGUUCCGAUUAUUCAAAAGCUUCAGACUACAGUAAACCACCCGAUUACGGAAAAUCUUCAGAUUAUGGAAAACCUACAGAUUAUGGAAAACCUACAGAUUAUGGAAAACCUGCAGAUUAUGGAAAACCUACAGAUUAUGGAAAACCUGCAGAUUAUGGGAAGUCAGUGGAUUAUGGAAAACCUGCAGAUUAUGGGAAGUCAGUGGAUUAUGGAAAACCUGUAGAUUAUGGAAAGCCUACAGAUUAUGGUAAACCUACAGAUUAUGGUAAACCAACAGAUUAUGGUAAACCAACAGAUUAUGGUAAACCAACAGAUUAUGGUAAACCAACAGAUUAUGGUAAACCGACAGAUUACGUUAAGCCAACAGAUUAUGUUAAAUCGACAGAUUACGCCAAGGUUUCCGACUAUACUAAAGCUUCCGACUAUACUAAAUCAUCCGAUUAUAGCAAAGCCUCAGAUUUUAGCAUGUCACGAAUGGGUGGAGACUCAUUUUUGAACCAGAUGAUGGAGUUAACUAAAAAGACCACGAUGCCUGAUUAUGUGUCUGACUAUAGUCAGCCUUUGAAGUUGUCUAAAUCUGAUGAGCUUGCUACUUCUGUACCACCUUCUAGUCAUUCGUUCUCGAGCAGCUCGAGUUUUGUGGAUACCAUAGCGCAGGUAGCCAUGGGCAACUAUUCCUCUAAACAAGAUGAACCUAUGGACUUUGCGAAGGAGCCAGACUAUAGCACUAACAAAAUGGAAACAGAUGAUAGGGAAAACUAAAUUGCGCCAACAAUAUUGAUAAUUAUGUGAUUUUAUUAGUGUACUUGCUGUGUUGAAAUGGAAUUUACUUAAAAGUGCUUAGGGUGUGUAUGUUAGUAAUAUCAGUCUAUGUUUGAUUGUAAUGUGUCCUUCUAUUUCAUUGAUAAUGAAUGCAGUUUCAGUAAUUUUAGUCAUAUUUAUAUUUAUGCAUAAUAUUAAUUUAUUUUAUACUGAUCAAUAAACGACGAAUUGUGAGAAAA